CUAGCUCUUGAGAUCUUUUGGAGGGCAUGUGGAAAGUGCGGCCAUGUCAGGUUACGUGACGUGGGCGAUUCCUCAGCACUCUGGUCUGACACCGAGUUGGUGAAAUGAUUAAUCUGUGCAGAUCCAUCAGUCUCAGCACCCCUGUGUGUCACGCACCGAGAACUGAAGGAGCGUUCCACAGGAAGGCAGGAUCACACAGCCAGGUCCCGUCUGAACUGUGCUGGUGCUGCUCUUUCGAGUCAGGGCCGCUGCAGACAGGCGAGGAGGUCGCUCUGUCGUUAAGAUGAAGUCCGCCAUCAUCCUGAAACGGCGGUGAAAUUCUGCGGAGGCGCCUGACCGUCUUGCCUCCGCACUGUUUUGGGCGCGCAGAAGAGAUGUCUUUCUCUGCCCCGGCCUGAGGACAGGAGAGCGGGGAAGCCAAAAGUCCACACCCACCCCCAGGGCCUCCUAACGGAUAUCCCAAACAUCCACCAUCAUGGAACGCAUCACCGGGGCCUUGGUGAAAUCCUGCUGACUCCUCACUAGCUGCUGGAAUAAGCUCAUUCAAAAUCACAGAGGACUGAGGACUGUCAAAGUUUGCUGGCACAGAGGAAUGCCAGCUGGAUAGCCCUCCAAAGCCACUUACUCAUGCCUGAAGUUUCUGCAUAAAAGCACUCUCACGCUUGGAACGGGGUACGAUUCAGUCUGUGGCUUUUGCAACUUUAGAGACUCCAGACCAUUUUUUAUGUUCUUGCUGUUUUUCUAAGUUUGUUUAUAUUAAAUUUACAUAUUGUUUUUUUUAAUAAUCAUAACAAACCAUAGAAGGGAGCCUAAUAUUGAACAUGACUCAUGGGGAAGAGCCUGGCUCUGAGACGCACCAGGAUUCAGCUGUUUUAACUUAUCUGGAAGGUUUACUAAUGCAUCAGGUGGCGAGUGGGCCAGGGGCCACGGCUACAAGGAGAUCUGAGGCGGGGCAUGGCAACCAGGAGCAGGGCAACAAGGCUGUAAGGACCUACCAACUGCCAAACCAUGGCACUAAACAGGAAGACAGGCGCGCGCCUUCGGGAGGAGCCACACAGCACCUUAAAAAGGCCAGGCUGCUCCGCUCGGAGGCCUGGAGCGAGCCUGAAAGCCAGCGGAUGGCUGCCCCUGUGGGGGACCUCAACGGUCAGAGCAGAGACCGCCACACUGGAGCUCUGGACGGCUCGCCUCAGGGGGAGAGCACCAUGCUGGCGUCCCUGCUCCAGUCAUUCAGCUCCCGGUUGCAGAGCGUGGCAAUGUCACAGCAGAUCACACACAACCUGAAAGGGCAGGACGCCCAGGUCAAUGAAGGCUCCCAGGGGGAUAAGGAGGCCGCGCCAUGCUUCGGAGCUGCCUCCAGUCGCCUGAAGGGCUUGAUGAAGAAGAGCAAACUCCAGAACCAUAACAGUGUGCCUUACCGCCGGCGGACCAGCCAGGAGAGGCUCACAGAGUCCCCCCACACAACGCAAAAUGCAGCUCGGCCAGCUGCUUCUGACUCUGUCUCCUGCGCAGCGCGGCUAAAAGCUGUGGCCAAUCUGGUGAAAAUCAGAUCCAGCCCUGCCCCCUCCCCAAAACCCAGCGUGGCCUGCAGUCAGCUGGCUCUGCUGCUCUCCAGCGAAGCUCAUCUGCAGCAGUAUUCCCGAGAGCAGACCUUAAAAGCACAAUUAUCUGCCCGAUCAGCCAGUGAGAGGCUUGCGGCCAUAGCCACACAGAAAACACAGGAUAAGAAGCUGCCCAACAUAGGACAGCCUCAGAUGGCCCCAGACAUGUUAAGCUCCUUAAAUGCCCAAAAGGGAACACUCCCGCAACCGGCAUUAGACUCCAGUAAACAGAGCCCGACCCUCAUUCCAGGACAGAGCAGAGCGGCCAGCUCCCCACGGACUGCACAUCCUUUCAGGGAAAAACGGCCCUUCGACAAACACGGUACGAGGCCCACACAGAAUUGCAGCAGCCUGCUCUUGCUCCUCCUGAACAGCCACAACCCACAGAAGCAGAUCAACGGCAGCGGUCACCUGGAUGACGACUAUGGUGUCUUUCCUAGCCGUAGUUCACCUCUGCUGUCCGACAGCGAGUACUCCAACCACGAGAACAGCCUGACCAAAGACAGCAGUGAUGCCGAGAGCUCGUACUCCAGCUGCUCUCCCAUUGACCUCUCUGUGAAGAGCAGGGCCUGCGGCACGGUGCCAGGGUCCUCCUCGUCUUCUCUGGACAAACUCACAGAGUCUCUGAUAAACAAGUGGAAGCCGGACACUCCCAGGCUGCGGGUCAGCGAGUCCAGGGAACCUGAGAAAAGCCCAGACGUGAAAUCCCAUCAUGAGGUCACCCUCAUGCAGUUGCUUCUGGAUCACAAAAAUAAUGAGAAGGUAAACAAAAUUACAGAUAAUCCAGAUUUACAGCCUGACAUAACCGCUAAACCCAAUAACGCACCUGCAGGCCGACUUACACCAGGUGCUGUGUGUGAGGAGACUAGGACACAGAGCCCUCCAAAUGGGGUAGCUGGUAGAAGUCUUCAUCCCUUGCCAACAUUCUCUCAUGGAAGAGACACAAAUGGUACAGCAUCGCCAUACAGUUUGUACACAUCUCCUCAUGUGCAGUCUAUCCCUUUGGAUCUGUGUAAAUCUAAGUCCUACUCAGGUGAAAAGGUUCGAGAGCCCGCAUUUAGCGCUAGUAAACUAUUACAAAAUUUAGCCCAGUGUGGAUUACAAAAUGCAUCCCCUUCCCCUCCACUGAAGGCCCCGAUGGCUCCUAGUAAAAGGCUGAGCCAGGAGCUUCAGGUGGAAAAACCUGUGACUUUGCUGGAGAGACUCAAUGCUCCAAUCCAGCGCAACAGAACCCCGGUUUUGGAGGGACCCCAUGGGAACUGUAUGCCGUAUGUGCCAGAAUCUUCACCCCCCGCGUCAGAGAUUGAGAAUCUCCUGGAGAGACGCACGGUUUUGCAGCUUCUUUUGGGGACUACCACCCACAAAGAGAAACCAAGCAGCAAGCGGAAUGGAUCAGCAGCUAAGGGCUCCUUGGAAAGGCAGGCUGACAAAUCAGUGACUUGUGACAGCCCCAAUGGGCCCUUGUUGGAUAUUAAGAUCAAGACUGAGCCUAGAGAGGAGGGUCAGUUGUCAAACAGUUACGAAGAGCUGGAAAAAUGCCAAACAGAGAGCAGGGGAUAUGAGAGACUCAGCCCCCUCUUGGUUCCCUGGAGAGAGGUAAAAGUAGAGCCCUCUUCUACAGAAGCUGUCCCUAAAGAUGGUCUCCUGAGCCAGCUUUUGAAACAACGGACCAGAACCUACCCAGCAGACACCCAGCUGGAUUUGCACAAAGGCAGUGUGAAAGAAGAGCGGGAGGAGCAUCAGGGAGCAUCGGUCCCGAAAAAGAGGAAGCUCUGCUGGGGGUUUGAGGAUCCCAUGAUCAGUGAGCCUGGUCUGCGAAUGGUGGACAGAGUUGCACAUCAGGACAGCAGUGAUAGCCGCUCUGUUUCUGGGACGCCCGAUCGAAGAAGGCCAACAAGCUCGCCAGAGGUCCACACUCCAGUCCAGUCUCCUCCUCGGGACGGGAGGAAUUUCAACGUCUUGAAGCAGCUCCUCCUUUCUGACAACUGCCUGAAGGAUCUCUCCCAGCCCAGGAGUGCUGCCAGCCCUUCCACUGUGCAGGGCGGCUACAGGAUCAAUGGAAACGUUGCAAACAAGCCGGGCUACAAUCAUGAGCUCAUCAGCUCGCAGUGGAGCCCCGGUCCCCUGGGGCCCAGUCGCACAGACUUCAGAACUGUGACCACGGCCUCAGUGAGCAACAGCACCCCGGGGUCGCCUUGGGGCUCCCACGGGGUGCAUCAGGAGUCUCCCAAACUGAACCUCAUCCCCAUCAAAAGAGAGAGCGAGGGGCCCAUCCAGUGGACGAUCAGCAGUGAGGAGAAACAGGACCCCUGCCCUGAUUCUCCACGACUGACUAGGUCUAACCCCAUUUUGUACUAUAUGCUUCAGAAGGGUCAUUCUCGCCUUCGAAAGGAGGGCAGAGAGCAGGGGGACAUGGAGCAGUGUGCAAUGAAGGUGAAGGAGGAGCCUGUGGCGGAGAGGAGGGCUUAUGACCGUAGACUGAGCUGGAAACGUCACUCUCCGUCACACGAUGAGACACAAGGCUAUGAUGGGGAAAGGCUCAAUGGGUCUCUGGAAAAAUGCUAAUUAUUAAACCUAAAGACAAGAGAAGGGACUUCUACCCCAGACUGAAAAGUUGUAUCAUUUUCAGUUUGUGUCCAUUUUGCUUAAACUGGUUUGAUUAUUUCAAUUUUGUUUAGAAGGAAACAUAAGCAGUGGAGGCAAGGAGAUUACAAAUACUGGUAAUCAGACCAAUUAACAAAACCCAAAGCAUCUUUUAUAAUCAGAAUGGUUUACCUUUGUCUGUAAUCCAUAAGUAUUUCUCUGGUUUAGGUCUUAAUCUUAAAGUUUAGUGUAGUUGAACUGUAAGAAGUUGAACUGUAAGAACUCCUAAUGCUGAGGAUUUUAAAAAUUUAAUUCCCCAAAUUUGGUGACUAUCACCAGCACCCACUAUCUCCGUUAAUACAUUAUUUGAACACUUCUGUGCUGCCCUGUCUUCUAUGAAGUGAUUCCAGUAAUAUGUGAUUAUAAGUUAGAUGAGUAUUUCACACACUUACCACUUGAUGUGUCCUCCUUACCUUUCAGAUUUCCCAUAAUGCAGUGAAAUGAAGUAUUAAAAGGCACACUUAUUACUAAUUCCAUAAAAUUAAUACUGAAUUGUUCUACUUUGUGUUGUACUUCUGUUGGACAUUUUCAGAAAUCUGAACAUUUACAAAGAGACUGUAAACUCUUCUGAAAGCACUGUGGCCUUGUUAAUUAACCCCUGCUGUACAGGGCCAAGUACUACAUGAUUCGAUUUAACCACACACAGAAAUGCUUCAGUGAGCUGCAGAGGGCUGGUGAUGGGAAGGACAGCAAAUCAUUAAAAUCAUGUCCAUAUCAGAAUCUCAUUUGUGCACUAUGCAUGGCGGAUUUACUGUGAAAAUACCACCGUUUGAAAACAUUUUAACCCUGGAAUAUAUGGAUGUAGCAUAUACAUAUUUUCAGUGCUUCAGAUUCAACUCCCUGGAAAGAUCCUGCGUUAUUGAUUUUUUUUUUCUUUGCUGUCCCUGAAACCAGAUGGGAAUCGGUAAGUGACAGCAUGUAGGCCAGGGAUGGGCAGUUCUGACCUUGGGGGCUCACAGUGUCUAAGUGAAAGAUAACUGUAAAAGGUCCCCCUUGCCCAUCCCUAACUUAGAGAAAGUCCAGGAUACAAGUCAGUCAAGGGCAGUUUAAGAGGUGACAGUUUAAGUUAGCAAUCAGUUUAACAGUCCCCUUGCAUAUCACAUACAUUUUUCUUUGGUUUCUAAUUGAACCUCUUGGUGUCGUAAGGUGUUUUUGGCAUGUAAUGAGAGAUCUGUAUAUCAGUGUUGUGACCUUUGCUUUAGAAAUGUAUUUUAUUUAUUAUGUUGUAGGUUAUGUUGUGAUGAAUUGUGCUCUUUAGUCACCCAUUAACAUUGCAACAAAGCCAAAUUAGAAAUAAACCAUUUUAAAACUGUGAAACUGUGGAGAAGAGGCAUCAUGGACAAUGUGCUUAUUACACAAAUGAAGGGGUGAGCUCUGUGUAGUAGAAGAUUGUUAGUCAUCAUUAGUAAAGACAGUAUGAAAGGUAAUGUCUGUAUGGAAAGUGAAACUAGGGUUAGGCCCCAACAUUUCCAUUUGAUCCAGCUGUUCUUUAUAUGUUAAUAGUAGAGGCUAGAUCUUGUCAGCAUCCCUUCACACACCUUAAUGUAUGAGUACAAUGCCAUUACUGUGAGCAAGGGCACAUUGGCAAGUUAAAAAAAGUGUCAGAAACCAAAUCUGACACCUGCAUGAGCCUGAUGUAGUUCAUUAAGUUCUUUUUUCCACUCCAGAAAGAAAGCAGGUCAGAUAAGACGCAAC